GCGAUGACGUAAUCCCGCAUCUCAGUGCUGUAUAACAGCAUCAGUACCGAAGCAGCAGCAGCACCGCAGGAUCCGCAGAAUAGACAAAUUAUUUCAUCUUUUCAAGGCUUCGGACGCCGGAGUCACGGUGCUGCGACAUGGACGAGCAAAAGGAGUCUCUCCAAAAAAUUGUCAACACGUUGGCGCUGAAAAAUGAGGAGAUCCAGAACUUCAUCUGCUGCCUGAAGCAAAAUCUGCUGAACCUGGAGGCGAACUCCACCCGUGUUCAGGAGGAUCUGGAGUCAGAGUUCAGCUCUCUGCAUGCUGUUCUGGAUGAGCUGAAGGAGGGAAUGGUGACCCGAAUCAAGCAGGAACGAGCCAGUCGCACAUAUGAGUUACAGAAUCAGCUGAGCGCCUGUACAAAAGCCCUGGAGAGUUCUGAGGAGCUGCUGGAAACGGCCAAUCAGACGCUCUGCUCGUCUGAGACGGACGGCUUCGCUCAGGCGGCUAAAGACAUAAAGGAUAGUGUUACCAUGGCCCCAGCCUUUCGUAUCUCUCUAAAAGCUAAAGCGAGUGACAGUAUGAGUCACCUGAUGGUAGACUUCACUCAGGAGCGAGAGAUGCUUCAGGCCAUCAAAUUUCUCCCAGUUCCUGCUACUCCGGAGAUUGUGGAGUCUGAGUGUCAGGUGUAUGAUAACUCUGUCACGGUGCUGUGGACUUUACCAGAACCAGACUCUAAAAUUGACCACUACAUUGUCGAGUACCGGCGAACGAACCACGAGGGACCUCCGCGUGCUCGUGAGGAGCAUCCGUGGAUGGUGGUGGAGGGGAUUAAAGAGAUCCAGUACACGCUCACAGGUCUUCGCUUCGACACACGCUACAUGACGUUUCGGGUGAAGGCGUGCAAUAAAGCUGUAGCGGGAGAGUUCUCUGAGCCGGUUACUCUGGAGACAUCUGCGUUUGUGUUUAAGCUGGACUCGGGUUCGGCUCACCAGAACCUAAAGGUAGAGGACCUGAGUGUGGAGUGGGACAGCAGCGGUGGGAAAACGGCCAUCCAGGACAUCCGCAAGGAAAAGAACAGGACCGGCUCUCCUAUGCACUCUCCGGCCAGGACGGCCAUGAUGUCACCAAAGAGAGCGCCGUCAGCACGGGUGGGUCGAGACCGCUUCACGGCCGAGUCCUACACCGUCCUGGGUGACACCAUAAUCGAUUCAGGGCAUCACUACUGGGAGGUUCGGUUCGAUAAAGAGAGCAAGGCCUUUGCCGCGGGCGUGGCACUGCGCUCUCUCGGCCGAUUCGAUCAGCUCGGGAAGAGCAGCGCCUCCUGGUGCAUCCAUCUCAACAACUGGCUGCAGCAGAACCUCAGCGCCAAGCACAACAACAAGGCCCGCACGUUGGAGUGUCCCAUCCCCGAGCGCAUGGGCAUCUACUGCAACUACGACGAUGGCACGUUGUCUUUCUACAACGCCAAAACCAAGACACUCCUGCAUACCUUUAGGACCAAGUUCCAGCAGCCGGUUAUUCCAGCUUUUAUGGUGUGGAACGGGAGCUUCUCGGUUCAGACAGGUCUGCAGGUUCCCACCAUAGUGCAGUGUGGCCAGAAAAGGAGCAGCAACGCCAGCAGCUCCAACGCCAGCCUUACCUAGACCUCCACUCGCCAUCCUCCACUCGUCUUCCUCCACUGCUUUGUAGAACUGUUGCCUGUCACUCAGGCUCUUGGAGGCCGCGGGAUGUACCCAAGUUUUCACCCCGGUGUCUGGAAAUGGAGAGAAUAAAGAAUAAAGAAGCUCCAGCGCUUUGUGCCUUUCAGCCUUCUCAUUUCAUCCAUGAACGCAGACGUCCACACAGCAGUGUGACUAAUUACAGUGCAGCUUAAUUACAGUUCUGUCAAAUGCUCUUGUGUUUCUCACGACAAAGGUGAGGUGACAUUUAGGCUGUUUAAGAUUUGACAUGUUCUCACACAAAAAUGUGUGAGAUAAAUUGACAAAGGUUUGUGGGUUAAAUCGUGAAUGUGAGAGUAUUUUAUGAGUGAAUGUUAUGUUAGUGUGAAUGAGAAAGCGCUUUCUUAAAGAAUGUGGAGUUUAUGUGUGAGUAAAUGUAGGUGUUUGUGUGAAUGCGGGUUAUUUUAUGAUUGAAUAUGAGUGUGUAAAUGUAAGAGCAUUUUAUGAGUGAAUGUUGGUGUUUUUGUGAAUGCGAGAGCAUUUUGUGAGUGAAUGUGAGUGCAUUUUUUUGGGGUGAAAUUCAGUGUGAGUGUUUUGUGUUUAAUAUCUGAGGUUUAGCCUAAUUGUAAAUCUUUUUGUCAGUGUGAGAGCACAUAUUCGUGGUCAAUUUGUGAAUGUGAGUGCCUUUUUUGUUGGGUGUUUGUGUGUGUGAGAAGGUAAAAAAAAAAAAAAAAAAAAUUUGUGGGCACUUGUUUAAUAUAUAAGAUAAAAUUGUGAACUUGUUUUUUUGUGAAUGCGAGAACAAUUUAUGGGCACACAUUUUAAACAAAUGCUCUCACAUACAAUUUUAUGUGCGUAUGAAAGAUAAAUGUGAGUAUGAGAGCGUAUUAUAUCAUUUGUAAGAGUAUUUUGCAGGUGUGUGAGUGAUACUAUAUAACAGCCUGAAUGCCACCUCAUAGCAAACCAAAAUAUUCUAUAGAUUUUUUUUCUUUUAAUGGAUCCCAUUCUGUCUUGUCUUUGUUUAAACGCGGUUUCACACUGAAUGUCCUUGAUCAUCGGGGUCUAAUUGUAAUUCUGAAUGCUUCUUAAGUAAAAUGUUAUAUUCAGAGACAGUUUAGCACAAAAACUUAAAUGAAUGCUAGUAUUAAAACGCUUCUUGUAGAAUACAGACGUUAUUGUGCCAGCAGACGUCCGUGUGGAGUGAAAAUACGAGCCGUGUGUGUGUAUGAUGAUGAUGAUGAUGAUGAUGUACCAUAGUGUAUUGCUGCCUUUUUUCCAAUAAUGGCGAACAUUUCGUACUUGUUUUUGUUGCCCGCAGAAGUGUAAAGACAAAAACAGGCCAUUCCAGUUACCUCCACAAAUAUUUACAAUGUUUUAUCAUGUAUUUCUGAUUAUGUGCACAGAGACAAUAGACUUAAAUAUGACGCUCUGCCGCCUGAACACCGAGACGUUGUGUUUUUUUAAUUCUCACUCACACUCUACUGCAGAUUGCUGUAUAUCUCUGUAUAUAAACCAUUAAUGCUUUUCUGCCGAAACUGUAGUAUUAUAUAACAGACUGCCAAGUGUAAUUCUGCGCAACGUAAUAAAACACUAAGACGGA